UUCAUUUUUUCCGCCAAUCCUCCAAUACAAACCAUGGCAGGUGGUCCGAAUACGGACAUUUGCUUGUCUAAAUAAAACUAUAAAGUACAGAUAAAAAAUAAAAAAGUAAUUGUAUUACGUCAUUACGUGAUCUAGUGUGUGUCCUAAUUGCAUCAUCAAUGAUAACAUCAUACGCAAUCACUCGUCGUCUUGGCAUUUCUCAUAAAACAAAAAUUCGAGACCUCCUCUCCACUUCGAAAUUUCAUUUUUUUUUUCUCAACAGAGUAAAUUUGGCUCUUAUGCACCUGUCGUGUGAAUCCUGAUCUCGCUUUAGAUUGUGGAAGCCUUCGACACAUUUCCCAUUUUGAAUUUGUCUUCUUCUUCUUCUUCCUUUAGUUUUUGGGGAUAUUUCACCAUCCUCGUUGAAAUCAGUGUGAUUCUUCUUCGUAUACAAUGACGAAAUUGAGAUCGAAAUGGUUAGGUUUAAGAUCUGUAACCAUCUUCUUAAUCAAUUUCUCUCUAGCUUUUGCUUUCGUUUCCGCUGAGAGAAGAGGAAAAUCUCUGAGGUUAAGUACAGACGAAACGCGGGAAAAUGAAUCAAGUUUCUUCCUUAAAGCUAUCAAUUUUCUAUGGGAAUCUGAUCAAAUAGGUUAUCGUCAUGUUUGGCCUGAAUUUGAGUUUAAUUGGCAAAUUGUAUUGGGAACACUUGUUGGAUUCUUUGGAGCUGCGUUUGGUAGUGUAGGUGGUGUUGGUGGUGGUGGGAUUUUCGUACCUAUGCUUAGUUUGAUUAUUGGGUUUGAUCCUAAAUCAGCUACAGCUAUUUCAAAAUGUAUGAUUAUGGGUGCUUCUGUGUCCACUGUGUAUUACAAUCUUAGAUUGAGGCAUCCAACACUUGACAUGCCUAUCAUUGAUUAUGAUCUCGCUUUACUGAUCCAGCCUAUGCUUAUGCUUGGGAUUAGUAUUGGUGUUGCUUUUAAUGUGAUUUUUCCAGAUUGGUUGGUUACAGUUCUACUCAUCGUCCUCUUUCUUGGCACGUCAACAAAGGCGUUCUUGAAGGGUUCUGAGACUUGGAACAAGGAGACUAUAGAGAAAAAGGAGGCUGCUAAACGUUUAGAGUCAAAUGGUGUAUCUGGCACAGAAGUGGAAUACGUGCCUCUUCCCGCAGCCCCGAGCACGAACCCUGGAAACAAAAAGAAAGAAGAAGUAAGUAUUAUUGAAAAUGUAUACUGGAAGGAACUGGGACUUCUCGUGUUUGUCUGGAUUGUGUUCCUGGCGCUGCAGAUAUCCAAGCAAAAUCUGGCUAAUUGUUCAGUAGCAUAUUGGGUCAUAAAUCUGUUACAGAUUCCGGUUGCAGUUGGUGUAUCAGGCUAUGAAGCAGUAGCUUUGUACCAGGGUAGAAGAAUCAUUGCGUCUAAGGGACAAGGAGACUCGAAUUUCACCGUUGGUCAGCUUGUUAUGUAUUGUACAUUUGGCAUAAUAGCAGGCAUAGUCGGUGGUUUACUUGGUUUAGGCGGAGGUUUCAUCAUGGGUCCAUUGUUCUUGGAGCUCGGUGUCCCACCACAGGUGUGAAUGAAUUUAUUACAACAUUAUAAUUUAGAAUCACUUGUUAUUGUACAACAGUUGUGUGUUUUUUUGUGUGUAGGUCUCAAGUGCCACAGCCACUUUUGCAAUGACUUUCUCAUCAUCCAUGUCUGUUGUAGAAUACUAUCUUCUCAAACGAUUCCCUGUUCCAUAUGCUUUGUACCUUGUGGGAGUGGCAACAAUUGCAGCUUGGGUUGGACAGCAUGUAGUCAGAAGGCUAAUCGCAGCCAUCGGCCGCGCAUCUCUCAUCAUCUUCAUCCUCGCGUCCAUGAUCUUUAUCAGUGCGAUAUCGCUUGGUGGCGUGGGAAUAGUGAAUAUGAUCGGCAAAAUCCAACGGCAUGAGUACAUGGGUUUCGAGAACCUUUGCAAGUACGGUGGCUGACGUUGUACUUAGCAUGUAGCUUGUUAAGUGUUAAACUUAUAAAGCUUCAUUCUUGAUGGCAAGACUUAUGGUCUUUUGAUUGUGUCUUGUGUCAUUUUUUAAAUUUGAAAAUCGAAUUGUAUAAUUACUACUUACUUAGUAGUAGUGGUACUAAUUUUUUUCUUUUCUUUUUUGGCUGAAUUAUGGUUGGAAAUCUAAUCUAUGUCAAUAUAAGUGAUUGAUCAAUU